GAGUUUUGUGGUGCAUAAGUAUAGUCAUCCAAGUGCAUUUGUGGUGACACUGGAAUGCACUAGCAAUGAAACACCCAUUAUAUCUACUAAAAUAAUCACAAUUCAAGAGCGUAUCACAGGUUUUGGUGUCAUCAAGUGCUAUGCAAGAAAUCAAACUUUUGGACCAUCUAACUGCAAAGUCCCUUAUGGAGAAUCAUUUCAAAUUCAUCUACAGGUGAAAGAAGGUACAAAUGUGACCUACAGGAUUCAGUAUGGUGAGCUGUUGUUGUCAUCUAUGUCUGUGGUGAGAGGGGUAAAGCCACAGAACAUCACUGUGAGUCUCACAGAGCAGUUCGGAACUGGCUGCCAUCACCUGAGCCUUUAUGCAUCCAACGUAGUCACAUUCCCUGAAGUUUACAAAAAACUGCAGAUUUGUGUGUUGGAGAAAGUGGCAGGACUGCAGGUGUCCUUGGUGAAGGGUGGCAGUCUAAACCACUCAGAACUCAGUGUUGAGGUUUCCCUUGAACAAGGUGCACCAGUGCUGCUCCAUUUCUUCAUCACUGGAAACAUGUUAUUUUCUGAGACCAGAGAAAUGCUGCAAAAUGCAAAGUCCAUAUAUCAUAUUGCACACCCAUUUCAAGCAGGCUCUUCUCAAGUGAAGCUCAAAGCAUGGAAUGUGUUCUCGUCGUUGGUUGUGGAUACGGCUACUUCUUGUGAUAAAAAAUCAGUUCUUAAUUUUUUGAACUGUAAUAAUGGUGCCACUAAUACUACAAAUAAUAUUCCUAAUAAGAAAGUGACCCACAUUAGGUCUAUUCGAUCGCCGAUCAAAAUCAAUGUAUCGCCACUGGUACUACACAAGAAAAGUGGAGAAAUUGUACUUACAGCAAGUGGAGGAAUCAACAACAAGAAUAAAGAAUACUUCUGGGAAUGCAAUCACCCAUGUCAGUGCCAAAUCAGCAAGAAGGCUUUGUUCCUGAACUAUACCAUUGAUGGAAACUGCCUACCAGAACCAUAUCAUUUUUUCAAAUAUUACUUUAUAGAAAAAAAUAAAAACGAUAGUCAACAGACCAAAAUGGCAUCCACGUGUAUCACUCUGACACCAAAGUUGGCGACCAGUUUUUUGCCAAGCCUUAACUGUUUUGCUGGAUGUGAUGGGGUAACAAGCACUGAUGUAAAACUGAAACUACACUGCUCGGGGACUUGUCCACAAGUUGUUUGGUAUACUGAAGACCUACGACCGGACACUGACUGGGAACCAGAAACGAAGAGCUGUUACCAGGAAGCAAAGAGAAGGCCACUUAUACAUGAAAAAGAUGGUGGCAAUGAAUACACUGUUCAAUAUUCAAGGAUUUCCCAGGCAAAAAAAUGGGGACAGGAUAUCACCGUGCUGGUAACAUAUGUACCUGAAAAUGAUGACAACACAUUUUACACAACAUACACUCUGAAGGUGUCGUCAUCGACAACAAACCCAGUUUCUUCUGCUACAACAGCAACAUCUGGAGUUCCUCAAAUUACUGUUAAUUCUGCUACAGCACAGACACCUGCGAGAACCACAGGUUCUGCUGGCAAACCAUCAGCUACUCAAGUCAGCACCAAAACCACCACUGGUUCUGCCGAGUCAGACGCCACCACCGCUCCUGCCAUGACCGGCGCCACCACUGCUUCCACUACACCCAGCCUUUCGUGUAGUAUUUCACCACAGAGUGGAACAAUUAUGGAUGCUUUCAAUAUAAUUUGCCAAACUAAAAUUCCCUGUUUGAAAUGCCAGUACUGUUUUAAGACUAAUGAAGGUAAACAUCUGCGUUGCAGUGAUAACAAUCAGCUGAAAUUUGUGUACCUUCCCCUGGGAGACAGCGCAUCAAACUACAACUUGCUUAUCAUGGCAACUGCACGUGACAAAAGCUCUGUGUACAGCACCACUAUAACUACCCAGGUGCGAAAUUCUUCAUCAAUCUCUAGCCCAUCAGUCAGUAGUCUCCAGGCUGCUGUGGACAAUAAUCUGGCUCAGCUUGAGGAACAAGAUCUACUGUCAGGACAUGCUGUUGGACAACUCUUUGACUCUGUAGCAAAAACCCUUAGUGGCCUCUCUGAUGAUCCUGAAAAAGAUGCUCGGCAAAAACUUCUUGAGCAGAUGUUGGAUGUAAUGGUCCGUGCAGUGAAAGACGUUCCACCCAAGAGUCUGCAAGAUGUUCAAGUGACUGCCAGUGGUCUCAGUGCAAUCAUCCACACUGGCAUCAAACUCAAACCUAAGCAGGACCAAGCUUUGUUGUUGCUUAGAAAUCUGAGUUCAUCCCUCCUGUCCAUUGAUUUGGACAAAAGUGAAGAAAACAAGAAAGAAAUCUACAUUACAGCGAGCAUCAUUGUGGAAGGAACCAGCGAUAUUCUGGAAUAUCCUUCCAGUAAAAACACCUCUGAUGCCCUUACACAGACUCUGAACAAUAUCCAGAGUGCAUUAUUAUUGUUUAAAGAGCCUAACGAGGACCCGGCUAUUAUCCAAGAAGGUCAUAUUGGCAUGUUUGUUAAAAGAGUGACAACAGAGAAUUUGCAAACAGAGCUCAUAAGUAUUACUAACACAUCGUCCCCGAAGUUUUCUCUCCCAAAGCUGCCAUCAAAUAUAAUCAAUGCAGAGGAAACAGUGGACAUACGGAUGCUGAGUUUUGAGGAGAAUCCAUUUUCCUGGAAUGGGAGAGGGAACAUCAGUGGCUUCAUUGGUGGCCUUUCACUCAGUGCAAAAAAUGGAUCCACCAUUCCAGUGGAGAACCUCAGCAAAGAUAUAGAGAUUAUUUUACCAAGGCUUCUCGAUGAGAAGGUGAACACUUCCAUUUUGGAUCUGAAGAACUACAGCACAGUGAUCAUAAAUGUUGCUUCAGCUGAUUCAACACUGGUGUUAAAGCUUGUGCCUUCUGAGGAUCCUUUAACUUUCAAAGUGUUCCUUGGUCACGAGGAUUAUCCUACUGAUACCAAUCAUAUAGCGAUGACACAAAUGCCUCAGCAGGGAAGUACACCAGAUGAACGAUACACCUGGCUCGUGGACGCAAACACUUUGAAGGGGAACACUGGGACAUUCUAUCUUCUAGUGAGGCCUAUAGUGGGUCCAGGUAUAAAAUCAAUUGAUGCUAAUUUAUCAGUAAAUGUCAUCGCUUCUGAGUGUAGAUACUGGAAUGAGUUGAAACUGGAUUGGAGCACUUAUGGAUGUAGGGUUGGUGUUCAGACAACACAUUUAGUCACUCAGUGCUUUUGCAACCACUUGUCCUUUUUUGGAAGCUCUUUCUUUGUAACACCUAACCUUGUGGACCCGUCCCGCACAGCUGAGCUCUUUGCCACUUUUGCUGAGAACCCUGUGGUUGUGUGCUUUGUGGGUUCUCUCUUUGGAGCUUAUCUGUUAGCCGUGGUGUGGGCACGCCGAAAAGACCUUCAAGACACAGAAAAGGUAAAGAUGACAGUACUGGAAGACAAUAAUCCCAUGGACGAAUAUCGAUACCUCUUAACUGUCAACACUGGACAUCGGAGGGGGGCCUCCACCACCUCUCAGGUGACGAUUACAAUCCUGGGUGCGGAGGCAAACUCUGAGCCACACCACCUGACAGAUCCAAAAGAUGCAGUCUUCGAUAGAGGUGGGCUGGACAUGUUCCUGCUGACUACACCCUUCUCACUGGGAGACCUGCAGGCCAUCAGGCUGUGGCACAACAGCUCAGGCAGGAAUCCUGCUUGGUAUGUAAACAAUGUGAUGGUGAAGGAUUUACAGACGGAGCAGAAAUGGUAUUUUCUCUGCAACACCUGGCUGGCCAUAGACAUUGGUGACUGCAGUCUUGAUAAAGUUUUUCUUAUUUCAUCAGAGAAUGAGCUGAAAAAGUUCAGUAAUUUGUUCUUCAUGAAGACAAUCAAGGAUUUCAGUGAUGGACACCUGUGGUACUCUGUGAUUAGCCGACCACCAAGCAGCACCUUCACUCGUGUCCAGAGAGUGUCCUGUUGUUUCUCCCUGCUGAUCUGCACCAUGCUGACCAGCAUCAUGUUUUAUGGAAUUCCAACAGACCCAUCUGAGCAGACCAUGGACUUGGGUUGUUUUGAGUUUACUUGGCAACAGUUCAUGAUUGGAGUUCAGAGUUCACUCAUUAUGUUUCCAGUAAACCUUCUUAUUGUCAGCGUCUUCAGGAACACCCGUCCUCGGGACUCACCUUGUUGCAAACGCAAAGGGAAAAAAUCAGAUGACAAGCAUAACAUUUCCCAGCUUCUGUCCUCACAGGCUGCAAUCAUGAAAAGCAGUGACAUCAGUUUGGACACCAUCCUCAAGGACAUUACAAGAAUUGCACAUUCAUUCCCUCAGAGUGUUAAAAGCAACAUCCCAUGCACACAAUUGGAGUUUGAUCCUGGACAAGAGGAUAUUAAUGCUGUUCUGUCCUCGGUAGACAACUUCAUCAGACAGAAUAAUAAAAAUAGUGACAUCAACUCCAAAACUCAGUGCUUUGAAGACCUCACACAGACUAAACAACCAGAGUCUGGUAUGAGUCCGGAUACAAGAGUUGAAGGUAUUAAGAAGAUGAGCAACAAAUCCUGGUAUCUCUACAGGCAGCUGUGCCUUAUUGACAAAGAGCUGAGUUUGUCAGAAUCUUCCAUCUUUCCCACCACACACAGUUACAACCAGGCUGUGCAACAAGUCAAAAGCAUGAAGACUUUCCUCGAGGAUCAGCUCUUUACAUCCAAACAUGAACACCUGGAGGAGCUCACCCACAAAAAGUCAAGUCCUGCUGGCAGCACAAAUGGACAUAAAAUGAAGAAAACAUGCUGUCAUGGGGGGCUACCCUGGUGGUUUGUUUUUGUCGGCUGGCUGUUAUUGAUCGCAACCAGCUGUGUUGCAGGAUAUUUCACAAUGCUGUAUGGUUUAAAAUUUGGCAAGGAACAAUCCAUUAGCUGGUUGGUAUCCAUGAUAGUUUCAUUUUUUCAGAGCAUCCUCAUCAUUCAGCCUCUGAAGGUGAGAAAAGGUACAUUUGCCUUAUUUAACCUUUUGCACUUCUGUAUUCCACUCCAGGUGAUCUGCAUUGCCAUCUUUUUUGCGCUUGUUCUAAAGAAAGUAGAAGAUGAUUCUCAAAAUUUGGAGUUUGCACAUAUUGACAGAAUUCCGGAUGACAUCAAGGGCCACCAAACAAUCAGAAGAGAUAACAAACUUUACGAGCCACCUCCUGCUGCAGACAUCGAACAAAUGAAGAGGAAAAAGAUCAAGGAAGAAAAAGCCUUUGCCAUCCUCUGGGAGAUUUUGACCUACAUCUUCUUCAUGUGGAUGUUACUUCUAGUGGCGUACGGCCAGAGAGACCUGAAUGCUUUUUUACUGAACCAACACAUUGAGCAGAGCUUCACUGUUGGAAUCUCAGACAGCAUGGAUCUUGCAAAUGUGUUUGCUUGGGCAAACACAUCUCUGCUCAGAAACCUCUUUGGCAUUUAUCCAGGAUUUAUAACAGAUGGAAACUCCAAGUUAGUUGGUAAUGCCCGACUUCGUCAAGUACGGGUAAAGAAGAACUCUUGCCAGAUUGCCAACUCCAUGCUCCAGUUUGUUCCAAUCUGUCAUGCUCUGUACUCCUGGGAGGUGGAGGACAUGGGCUCCUAUGACCCAGGCUGGAAUCACUCAAUUGCGGAUAACAUGAGUCACUUAGGGCCAUGGACGUACCAGACACAGGCUGAGCUUCAAGCUUACCCAGUUUGGGGCCAAAUGGUGCUCUACAGGGGAGGUGGCUUUGCAGCAGAGCUUGGACCGGAUUUACAAAAUGCCAUUCGAACUCUUCAAUAUCUAUUUGAGAACAAAUGGCUAGAUGUGUACACAAGGGCCAUCUUUGUUGAGUUCACUGUGUACAACGCUAAUGUGAACCUCUUCUGCAUCGUCACACUCUUACUGGAGACCACAGCAACAGGAGCAUUCCAGUUUGACAGUGAGCUGCAAAGCGUUCGUCUGUACCCGUCCACCGGUGGCCUUCACAUCUUUGUUUUGACUGCUGAGAUCAUAUAUUUGCUUUUCAUCUUGUAUUACAUGUUCUUACAGGCAAAACUAAUGAAGCAGCAGCGAUGUGCAUAUUUCAAAAGCAAGUGGAAUCUUCUUGAGCUUACCAUUAUCGUCAUCAGCUGGAGCGCUGUGAUUGUCUUUGUAAAGAGGACUCUUCUUCGAGACCGUGAUAUGUCCUUCUACCACCAACACAAAGACCAGUUUGUCAGUUUUCAUGACACAGCCGCUGCAGACACAUUACUACAGUAUCUGAUCGCCUUCCUGGUCCUACUGUCCACUAUCAAACUGUGGCACCUCCUCAGACUGAACCCCAAAAUGGCCUUACUCACAGCCACACUGCAGCGUGCUUGGAAUGACAUAUUGAGCUACAUUGUGGUCAUUGUCAUCAUGAUUAUUGCAUAUUCCAUUGCGUGUAACUUGAUUUAUGGCUGGCAGAUGACCUCAUACAAGACCUUAAUGGAUGCCGUCCUUACCAUUAUCAGCCUGCAGAUAGGCAUAUUUGACUAUGAAGAGGUCUUGAACUACAACCUCAUCCUCGGUGCACUAAUGAUUGGGUCCUGUAUUGUGUUCAUGACCUUUGUGGUGCUGAAUCUGUUCAUAUCAGUGAUCCUUGUAGCUUUCAGCCAGGAACAAAUACACCACAAGCCCUCGGAGGAGGAGGAGAUUGUUGACCUAAUUUUGAUGAAGGCCUUCAGCUUUUUCGGAAUCAGGGUUAGAGACACAAGAAAACAAUUGGAGGAUGAGGUGAAUAGCAGCUCUGAUAAUGACAGAAAUAUCCUGAACAAUUCCUCAAGUGAAUUUACUGAAAGCUCAGUAAACCUGUAGAAUAGUUUCACUUUGGCUUUAUAGAUUUUCUGUUCACGGAGAUCCACAUAUUCAUUUAUUUAGCUUCAUCAUCUGUGCUUGUUCUCUUCUCGUAGGUCAGAGGAGUUUUGGUGUGAAAUGUAAUUAUGCUCAGAAUUAGACUGCAUUGUAUUUUGUUUGUGUGAACUUGAUCUUAACUGUUCUGUGGUGGUUAUGGAAUCACCCAAAAUCAUUAGUUACAAAGAAUUCCACAGCGUAAUAUGUAGUACGUGAAACUUCUCAAAGCUCCUCAGUUGUCAAGAUUUUGCACCAUUCAUUUAGACUGAAGUGAAAAAAAACAAAAAAACAUAUCACUUUAGCAUGUGUAGUUAGUAAUGAGUGAUCAAAAAUGUAGAACAGUAUGUCUGCCUACGUUUUUGUUUUUUCCAUUUUCGGGUCGGGGUUUUGUUACGUGGUAUUCCACUAUGGUGAGUGUUUGAAGGGAACAUAUGGGUACAAAGUAAGUAAGUACAAAGUAAAAACCAAUAUUCAGAUUCUCCAACAAGCCAACCCUGAUGAAAUGUGUACAAUAUUUAAAACGGCAUGAGGGAAUUCUUGAUGACAUUUGGAUUGCAACUCACCCAAUACCAGUCAUUUUGUUUUCAAAAAGGAUCACAUUAAAAUAUCAAUAUGUUCAUGUAGGCUGCACAUACACAGUAUGAGUCAAAUUUGAAUGCACUUUCCCAUUCAAAUGAAUGUAAAAGUGUGUGAUUACAUGAUGCUGAUCAUCGUGCUAGUUUGCAGUGUUUCAUGUGUUGUGUUGCAAUUUCAAACCUCAACAUUACAUGUUGUUGGAAACUGUCACGCUAAUUUAAAGAAUUCAGCUUCUGAUUUGCCCUGUGAUGGUCUGGCGUAUCCCACCUCUCACCCAGUGACCACU